GCUCUGGCCAGGUGGCUAAGUUGUGGCCCGUUGCGCUUUGCAAAUUGCAGGCAGCUUCCGCCAUAGGCAUAGAUACUUUAAGAUAGGUAGAUAGGUAGUCAUUCUGAGGCUGGCUAAGAAAGGCUCGCACGAAUUUCUUCAAAGGCCAGAGGGUGGUGCAACGAGGGACCUGGUCCUCCACCGGGGCGCUUCAGGGUGCAUUCUGAGUAGCACGGUCUAUGGCUCUUGAUUUUGAGAGCAAAUGGCACUGUCAAGUCUUGUGAAGUCACCAAGCUUACAGCGCUUGCUCUCCUGGACUGUGGCGAGGGGCACCAGGGCGGACUCAUUCUGCACUGGAGGACACCCCUUGAAGCCAUCAACAAGGACAUGCUCCAGAAAGCAGCUCCUUGUUUCUCCAAUUAGAAGCUCCUCAUUGCAAUUGUUGUCAAGACAGAGUCCUUCUUGGAACAUAUCUGAUCAGCGCUUGCAAAACAAGCAAACACUUUGCGGUGGUGCACAGGAAGGGGCCAGGAAAGCGAGUGGUCUGAACGGUGGCAAACUCCGAGUCCUCGCUCCAAGUGCAAGAGCAGUCAACAAUCACACUGUCAGACCAUUCACCUCGUCAUCCAGACCAGAAGUAGACCCGGCCAUGCACGCACUGCUGGGUGACCUCGCAAGCCAAGCCCCCGCCUUCCCCAUCAAUGGGGAUAAUAUCAAAGUACUCUCAUCCCCCAGCGAAUACUUCGAAGCACUACUAGAAGGGAUCACAAAGGCGCGCUACAGGAUCGUGCUGGCUUCUCUGUAUCUAGGCACGGAUGAGAUGGAGCAGCGACUGGCGGAUGCGGUUGGGGAAGCAGCCGCCGCAAACCCCGAACUCCAGGUCACGUUGCUGUUUGAUGCGCUUCGAGGCACGAGGCCGACCGGGGGCAAAGAUGGGACCCCGACAUCCACUGCUGACCUCAUUUGCAAGUCUGUCCUGAGCAAAGCAGGGAGCUGGGUGAAAGCCAGCCUGUAUCACACACCCGAGUUGAGCGGCUUUUGGAAGCGGUUCUUGCCGGCACGGUACAAUGAGACUGUUGGGAUCAUGCACCUGAAGGCGUACGUGUUUGACGACACCACGCUGAUGAGCGGGGCAAACCUGAGCACAUCUUACUUCACUGACCGACAGGACCGCUACAUGCUUUUAAAGGACUGCCCCGCCCUCGCGUCCUACCUCACCGGUCUCGUUGACACCGUCUCCCACUUCUCCUACCCGCUAGAACCCGACGGCACGCUCGGCCCCCCCCCUUGCGGCGUAGACCCUAUCACGGACCCUGAACGCUUCAAACAAACCGCGGGGAACGCCGUUCGGGACUUCGUCAAAACGGCCGCCGAUGUCAGCAAGGAGCCUCUCACCCCUCCAGGCGAGCAUAGCGUUUCCCCAUCGAAGAAGUCCUUACGAGAACGCCUGGAGUCAGAUUGGACGGCUUCAGGAGGUCUUCUGCUCGAUCGGACGGCUGCGGAUACGUGGGUUCUGCCGACCGUCCAGAUGGGGCCGCUCGGCGUCCGGCAAGACGAACGCGCGACUCUGAGCUUCUUCCGGCGCCUUCCACGUCAUUCGUUAGUGCAUCUGGCCAGCGCGUACUUCAAUCUUGCGGCGCCGUACGAGGAGGCCCUGUUAGAGGCGCUGCACGAGUCGCUCCGCGUGAAAAUAGUCACAGCUGCCCCAACAGCCAACGGCUUUUACGGCAGUAGAGGGCCCUCGGGGCUGAUCCCCGGGGCGUACUCUCUCAUGGAGCAGCGGCUGUAUGAGAGGGCGGGGGGAGACCACCAGGCGGGGCUGGAGAUCUUUGAAUACAGCCGGGAGGGGUGGACGUUCCACGCAAAGGGGCUGUGGCUUUCACUGGCUGCAGAGGACGGGCGUGCCUCAGAAAACGGACGCGCUUUGCAGAACGGAAGCGUGUCGCGGACCGGACACAUGUCGCAGAACGGAAGCGUUUUGCAGCACGGAAGUGUGUCGCAAAACGGAAGCGCCUCACAGAACGGGAAUGUCUCGCCUAAGGGAGGCUCCUCGUCGGCUCCAUGCCUGACGACCAUUGGGAGCCCGAACUUUGGUUUCCGGUCGCUAGAUAAGGACCUCGAGUGCCAGCUCUGGCUGCUGACGAGCCAUGCGGAGCUGCGAGAGCAGUUGAGACAUGAACGGGACCGGCUAUUUGAGCAAAGCGCACAUGUGAGCCAAAGCACGUUUGAAGCGGGCGAGAGGAAACCUACACUCCUAGUCAAAGUGGCGGCAGCUCUUUCCAAAGGGCAUCUCUGAGUUUGGCUAACACCAAGGAAAACCGGACAACGGCCUUUUAUGCGACAUAGAUAGAACCCCGGCGCAUUAUAUGAUGCCGGGCGAGCUUGCCUCCAAUUUCUAAAAUUUUGUAAGCACUACCUGUAAGUUCAGCUCUGGGUCGUCGCGCAGCAACUUGCAUUGAUUGCACCCAUUUUCACUCGCUUUCCGAGGC